GUACUUAGUGUUACUUAGCCUUCAGUCGGCUACGUACUUGAACCUUUUCCUCUUUUCCUCUUGCUUUCAGCCUUCACUGUUUCUCUCUGUUUUCAAGAGCAGAACAAGUAAAACGCAGGAAUGGCUACCCUGUUGAAAGAGCUACCUUCUUUUUCCGUUCUUCUCUCCGCUUAUGCCUCUAUCUCAGCCAUGGUCAUGCUAAUCCGCACAAUCUUAAAUGAAAUGGUUCCAGAACGGAUGAGAGACUACAUUGCCUCAAAAUUUUCCGAGCUGACAUCCACUUACUUCUCUUCAGAGUUCACCUUCUUUAUCGAAGACCGCUGGCAAGCUUCUGAUAACCAACUGUUUCGGGCUGCUGAGGUCUACUUGCCAACCAGAAUUGGCCCUUCCAGCGACAGUCUACUUGUAGGUUUCAACGACUCCAAUGAACCCACAGCACCACCCAAACGAAGCAUCCCUGUAAAUUGCACGAUCAUGGAUGAUUUUGAGGGGAUACGCUUGGAGUGGACUUUCUCUUCAAUUGAAACCAAAAAGUGCUACGUUCCCAAUAAGAGAUACUUCGCCGUGACCUGUAAGAAAAGCGCUAGAGAAAGAGUUGAGCAAAGGUACUUCACCUACAUUAGCAAAGAAGCACAAGUAAUUCUGAACAAGCGUGAGAGCCUCAGCAUUUACACAUAUGACCAAGACUGCUCCAUGUGGGAGUCCGCAGUUUUCAAGCACCCAGCAAAAUUUGAGACACUGGCAAUCGAGCCAAAGCUUAAGCAAUUCAUAAUGGGUGAUCUUGAUUCAUUUGGGAAACGCAAGGAAUUUUUCGAAAAUGUUGGCAGGGCUUGGAAACGUGGGUACCUUUUGUAUGGUCCUCCAGGGACAGGAAAAUCAUCACUCGUUGCUGCAAUUGCAAAUUACUUGAGUUAUGAUAUAUAUGAUCUUCAGUUUCAAAUUGUUCGAAACGAUGCUGAUCUUAGACGUAUACUCACAUCCACCACCAACCGGUCCAUUCUGCUCAUCGAGGACAUAGAUUGUAGCACAAAUGUAUCACGUGGUCGUGCCCAGGUCAAAGAAAAACCUGAGGAUGAAGAAGAUGAUGAACCCAAAAGUCCUUCUGCUAUCGAUCCUGGGGUAACCCUGUCAGGCUUACUCAAUUUCAUUGAUGGAUUGUGGUCGAGUUGUGGAAACGAAAGAAUCAUAAUCUUUACCACAAAUCACAAAGAAAUGUUAGACCCAGCUCUGCUACGGCCAGGGCGUAUGGAUGUGCAUAUUUACAUGGGAUAUUGUACUCCAGCAGCAUUCAGAAAACUUUCAACUACAUAUCUUGGAAUCAAAGAAGCUGGAAUCAAAGAAGCCAAACUAUUCGGCUGCAUUGAUGAACUCAUUGAAAGUAUUGAAGUUACUCCAGCUGAAGUUGCACAACAACUUAUGAUCAGUGAUGACCCUAAAACUGCACUCGAAGGUCUCAUAGACUUUCUCAACGUGAAGAAGAAGAAGACAGAAGAGGGUGUAGUUGAAAAGGAGGAAAAGACUGAGGAAGGCGACAUGAUUAUAAAAGACAAAUCUCCCGCUGCCCCAACAGCUGAACAAAGGCAACAACAGAAGAUGAAAAGAAUGCCCCAGCACCAUGAGAAGAAAGGAAUACUUGAGAAGAUCAAGACGAAGCUCCCUGGAAUCAAUUAGAUAACUUUAAUAAACUAGUUUAGACAAUAUAGCCUUGUUUGUAACUUAUAUGCGCAGGUUACUAGUAAUAAGCGCUCCUUACAAAAUUGUGAUAAAAUACAACAGGCAGAGUAUUAUAAGAGAUGUGUUCUCAUACAUGCAGGCUGGUUUCUGCACUGGAAUUCCAGCUUUAUUGUUUAUACAUCUGACUCAUUUUACUAAAUAAAUACUGUCUUUGACUACUUGAAAGCGGUGAAAAUAUUAUAGUCACAGCAUGCAUAGCCACUGGCCCACUGCUGUUCUGACAACAACUUAUUUUGUUAGAAAAAUGCAAUACAAAGAAUGUUGUUUGAUGCAAACUUCAGAAUAUGAUGGCUUUAUAAAACCCUCUGUCAUGGAUGA